CUCGGACGAAACCUGGGCCGCUGGCGCUGUGUGAAUCUGAGUGGAAUUUCUCUCUCCGUUUUGCCAAAUUAACAUGAAAACAGGGUGCCCUCAGAAGCCUCCAGUUGAAACUCCAGCAGAAGCCAGGUAGGAUGGCUGUGGACACAAGAAAGUCUGCCAGCCAGCUGUUCCAAGCCUCAUGGGGUCAGCAGGGACCUGUGAUGGUGAAGGUGAAGUUGGAGGAGGACUGCCCUAGGAAUCAGGGCCUCAGCCUUCCAGAGGACCAGCUCCCUCCCUGGGAGAUCUUCAGGCAGCAGUUCAGACAAUUCUGCUACCAGGAUUCCCCUGGACCACGUAUGGCCCUGAGCCGGCUCCGGGAGCUCUGCCGUCAGUGGCUCAGGCCGGAGACACAUACCAAGGAGCAGAUCCUGGAGCUGCUGGUGCUGGAGCAGUUCCUGACCAUCCUGCCCAAGGAGCUCCAGGCCUGGGUGCAGGAGCAUCAUCCAGAAAGCGGGGAGGAGGCAGUGACGAUACUGGAGGAUCUGGAAAGAAAGAGAAAUGUACAUGUCGGAGGAGACUGGUCUGAUAUGGUUGUGGGGGAGCUGGAAGCAAAACUUUCUCAAGGGUGGAGGCUCUGAGGGAACAAUGGGAAAGCCCAGCAUUCAGCAGGCAACUGAGCUUGUUGCUAAGCCAGCCCUGUAAGGAGGGGAGGGGUGGGAAACAGCAGAUUCAGGGAUGGUGAGUAAAGAUACUG